ACGAUAUUCCGAAAGUGAUAUCGAAUAUCCGAUAUUUGACGCUUAUCCAUAUCGAAUAAAUAUAUCGUCGAUAUCGGGUACAAAUAUCGGGUCCCCCGAUAUAUCGUCUGAUAUCGCACAUCCCUAACGUCACACCGCUAUGCAAAGCAGUCUUUCAAUAGUAAAAAAAAAAAAAGUCAAAAUAUAGGUAUAUUUGCUUAUAGAGUUUAUUAUUUAGUGUGUUUAAUUGUUUUGCGUAUUGUCUUGAAGCCCAGCCCUAGUGUCUUCUUCAUUAUCAUAAAAUGUAUCGUGACACAGUGUUAAUAUUAAAAAAGAGUGUGUGAGGUUAUGUUAUAUCAACAAGACGCGGACCUGCCAAUUUUCCAUCAGUCAAAAGGCAUGGCCAUAUUAUCACUAUCAUCAUCAUCAUCAUUAUUAUAAUAAAACUAAUAAUAGUAAAUAAACAUCUAUCGGUACGAUUCUAUCUAAGAUGAAGCUGAAAUAUUUGGGUAUUUGGGAAUGGUUCUGAAGGUUAUUAGAGAAGUUGGUAAUAACGAAAUAAGUAAACAUGGAUUGUAGCAAACGUUCAAUGACGAUGAGUUUUUCGUGUUCAUCGUUGCAAAGAUCUGGUGAUAUCAUUGAUGGACAAGAACAGUCUAAAAUUCAGAUUGACAGACCCUACAAUAGCCUCACAAAAAGAAGAAAAGACAUGAAUCAAGAACAGAUCCAACGUAACUGGACUAAUCGUGACGACUGUAAGGACGAUUUUUGGUCAGCUAUUCGUUCAAACUAUGACUACAUUAUGGAUACAAAUUUAAUUGAUAGCUGCAAGGAAGCUAAUGGAGAACUAACAUGGGAUGAGGGUGAUGUAUCAACACUUUCCUGGGGACUUAAGGAAGUUAGCUGUCAAUUUUCUGAACUCUAUGCAUGGCUUGGUGUUUUGCAAGAACUCGUUUACUCAAAAGAAGAAAAUUUGCUGGAUAAAAGUCUUCGUGCUGCUCACAUGGAGGAGUUGCGACGUAAGGCUUACAGAAGACGUUUAUUUAAUGAUCAAUCAACAAAACUGGUAGCUCGUACACCUUCGUUAAAAGACGAAGUUGCAUGGAGAGUUGAUCAUCUCAAUGCCAAAUGGGAACUUGUUGAACAAAUAAUGGCACCAACACGACCGGCAUCUGAUCAUCAAAACGUCUCAGCAGAUUUUGAGCAUGAAGUUAAGUGUCUGAGGAAGUGGCUAAAGGAAAUGGAUACAAGACUUAAACCAUUGAGUUUUCGUAAAGAUUGGUCGAGAUCUGAACUUGAAGAAAAAGCAACUGAACACAUGGUCCUGCAAAAAGAUAUUGAGGCACAUGGUCGUAUUGUAAAUUCAGUUGUUAAACUCAGCGAACGUGUUACUAAACAAAAUCACAAAGACAACCAGACACCAAGUGAAAUAACAAAUCAACAGGAUCAACAACAAAAUCCAAUUUAUGUUGCUAAAUCACUUGAACGACGUUGGCACUUACUGUUUUUAAGUUCUCUAGAAUGGCAGUGUCGUAUUGAGUUACUUGUUAAUCCUUCAUCCACCAAGAAUCCAGUGACAAGUCGUUGCAGCAGUGACAGUGAUGAGGAACCAGUGAUAAAACAACCAAGAUUGAGUAGACGUCAAUCACGUGAAUCUGGUAGAGAUAAUUCUAGUUGUAGUUCUGGGCGUUCUGGUAGAUCAAGUCUUGUUAGACGAAUCAAUUCCUCUAGACAUUCUAACAACGAAUCAAGUUGUUCAUCAUCAAGCUCAUGUUCUGACAGUGAUAUGUCAUUUAAAAAUCAAAAUAAUAAUGACGAUGAAUCUUAUUUCGAGGAUGAUCUAGAAGAAUUUUGUGUAACGGAAACAAAGCGGAAAGUUUAUCGUUCUUCAAAUUCAAAAUCAUCAAUUCAAGGAGAUCAAGGUGAAGAAGGUGACAUUGAAGAAGGUAGUGAACCAAGUGACGACGAAAUGCCACCAACUCUUGACCCAGCAGUAUCUCAAGCAGUGCUUUCAAUUGAUGAAAUUGAUGGAAAAGUACAAAAUUCCGAAACACUUAUAAUUGAAUCAUCAAAACGACGACGUGCUUCCGAUGAAAGUACACUUUUCAAUACUUCUGAUAGAAAGUCCAAGAACUGUGCAACAUUUUAUUUCAAACAUCGUGAUACAGACUCAGAAGCUGAUUGUCAACGUGAAGAUAUGUCCAAAAAUAUAAGUGAUUCCUCUGAAGAAGAAUGGACAUAUACAGCUUCACCAACUGAUAAUUGUCAGACAACUAUAUUUCAAGAAAAAAAAACAAAUGUCGUUGUUCGUCUUGAUUUCGGUGAACCAGCUAAAAUUGAAAGGAUUGAAAAUACAAAUAUUAAACCAGGAACUAUUGAACUUAAAAAUAAUGAUAUGAAAAUUGUUGAAGAAGAUGAUGAAGAUAUAAAUGUAAAUGAUAAAAUUGGUAACGAAAAUAUUGAAAGUGAAGAUGAUACAAAACACGAUAUUAAAAAACUAAUUCAUGAAGUUGAAAAAUUAGUCAGUGAAGAUGGAAGAAAAAAUAUAACAGCAUGUAUACCAAAAUUAAAUUUUGAUAAUCAAGGACAAAAUAGUUAUCGUGCUAAAUAUGCUAGAAUAAAAGAAUGGCUUAAAUUAAAUUCAAAUCAUGAUUUAGAUGGUAGACCAGCAAUUUCAUUACAACUUGAUAGUUGUGAUGCAAGUGGUGAAUAUACAACUGGUGAAUCUGAUAUUGAAAAACAAUCUGAAACAUCAGAAGAUUUACAGAGCAGCGUUGCAACAUAUCGUCGUUGUGAUAAUAGUAUUGGUUGUGUAUCACAAUCAAUAUCACAAGAAAUAUAUAAUGAAAAUGAAAAAACAUUGAUUUAUGAUAAUAAUCAAUUUUCUUGUGGUGUUGAGAGUAGUAAAGUUGUUAUGAGAGCUAAAAAAAAAACAGAUGGUAAACGACCAUGGAGUGUAUCAUGUGUUUUUGGUCAAUUAAAUACAUCAAAGGAUGCAUCAAUAUCACAAUUUUCAAUAUCAGAAACAGCUCUUCAUCAGCUCGUUGCAUCAACACCACUCAAAUCAGCUUCUUUAGACGCCGGAUCAAAAACACCUUUUCAUUCCACAUCGACCUUGGAAGAGAAUGGUCGUUCCGUUCGAAAUAGUUUUUCACGGAAGAAAAAAAGUCGUCUACGUAAAAAAACCUUGAGCCGAAAGAGUGAAUCUGGUUCCGAUGGAGUUAAUGUAAAUCAUUCUGCUGGUAGUGAUACGAGUUCAACGACACGUAGACGUUCAGUUAUGAGAAAAUCAUUGGAUGAUCGUGCACGUACAGUACCAAAAGAUUGUCAUCGUUGUAUUAUGUCAUAUGUUACUCACGGUUCAACAAUAUCAUGCCGUUUACAUCAUCAAGAUUCAAUGGAUAAAGCUAUUGUAACUGAUCCACCACCGUCAAUUAAACUUACAUGUUAUACUCCAGAUUCAUCGUCAAUUGAUACUGAAGAAAAUAAUUGUGGAAGAAAAAAAAUUGAUAAUUUACUUGACAAUGUUUUCAGUAGAAAAGAUAUUGAUAGCCCAUUUAAUAAUAUUGAUAGUGAUAUUGAAAAGACGAGUCUUGAAAAUAAUUCAUUUUCCGAACAAGCAUGGGAUAGUUAUCAAGAAAAAUAUAUGAGUGAACCUUAUAGCGAAACAGCUGAUGUAGAGAGUGCUAGAAAACUACUUGAUUUUGGUGAUGAUUAUAGAAAUUUUUUGGAUAGUCAAUCUGAUUGUGCAUCAAGUUUGAGUGCUGUUGGACGUUUUUCACCAGCAGUUGUUACCUCCAAUCAAACUAUUCAGGCUCAAAACUUGAGAGAUUCAUCAGAAGACAGUGAAAAUGAUGAAGAUGAGUUACGUCGAGUUAUUGAUAGGUCAUACAAAAAAUUACUAGUCAUGGAAAGUCACUUUUCUCGUGCGAAUAAUCUUCAUUUAACUAAAGACACGAUGGAUGUGGGUUCAAUUUGCAAAGAUAACUUGAGAUGUCUUCAAACGGUUAUUGAGUCUAGCAGUCAUAAGGGUGAAAAAUUCAUAAAACAAAUACGUGGAUUAAUUGUACGCUGGCAAGACCUGUCUUACAAAGUUGAAGAGUCACAACGUGCAAGUGUAUUACAGCGAGAACUGGCCGCAAUGGAUCUUGAAUUUCGUGCUGUACAUGAAAGACUUGUUACGCAAAAAAUCAUCCUUGAACCUGAUCACGUACUUGAUGAGCGCAUUAAUAAAAUCAAUAGUGAACUUGCUAUGCUGAGAGAACGUAAGAGCGCAAUGCUUGCUCUAAAUGUAUCUGCACAUAGACUAAUCACAGAUCUUGGAUCAGCAGCUUCAUCAGUAUCAGUAUCUUUAAAAGAUGAUGUUGCUGAUUUAUAUCGUGUUUGGGAUGAAACUUUUCAAAGGGGAAAUCAACAACUGUGUGCUGUUCAAGCCGUCCAACAGUUUGGUGCACGUUUAACUGAACUUCAAAAUGCUCUUCGAAAAGAUAAGGAUACACUUGCUGUUCUUGAUGCUGCAUUACAAGCUGGAGCAACACCUGAAGUUGCAUCAUCAGUACGAGAUGUUGCACGAUUACUUUCCGAAAAACAAGAUGGCAAUAAUCAAACUGAUGUUAAGGAUGGCAUUGUUGGACAAAAUUAUUCUGAACCUGUUAUAAUGAGCCUUGGUCAAGAGGCUGGUACAUAUUCAGACAGUGGUAUAUCCGAUAGCGGAAGUGAACAGGAAUUGAGCGAACGUGAACGUCGAUUAUCAGCUCUCAGACGACUUACCCGUAGUCUGGAAAGCCAAUUGACACCAGGAAGUGAUGUUCUCAUGGAACUUUGGCGACGUGUUGAAGAUGCUGAAGCUGAACUAAAAUGUCUACAAAAACAGUGUCGUGAACUGAUUGUCAGAACAGCAGCAAGUGUUGAGACUAAAGUUGUCAAUCGUAAUUCUCAGUCAAAAUAUCCUUCGAGUAAAAGGAAGAAGCGACAGACAACAACAGAUUUGGAAAAAAUUCAAAAGUCAAAACAUCUUGGAAAUGAUGAUCCUGAUGAUGAUCCUUAUGUGCCAAAAAGUUGGGUAUGGAGAAUAUUGAAAGCAGCAUUACCCUUUCAAUUGGCAAUUGUUGCACUAUUCUGUGCUGUUUGUCUGCUUGAACCACACUGUUGUGAAGCUGCCAAUGGUCUGAGUUUAUCUCUGACACCACAACUACGUUUUGUACGUGGACCACCACCAGUUUAAAUAAUGUUAUUAUUUUUUUUUUCAUUUAAGCUGAGUAUUUUUGCUCACAAAAGUGUCGAUAACUUUUUUAUCAACAGUGAUUAUUUAUCACAAAAAGAAAUUUUUUGUUUAUUCCCAAAUUCAAUGGGGUUAUUUCUAUAAAGAGAAUACUUAUCUGAGACUGAAACACGAGAUUUACACUCGUGUUUAUUUAAAAAAAAAUAAUUAAAAAUCUUAUGACAAGAAAAUAUAAAAUAUUUUCAUAUUUACAUUUCCAUUUGAGGUUGAAAUGAGAUCCUUAAACAAUUUUUUUUUUUUUUUUUUAUUAUGAACAUAUAAGUCUGGUCAAUUUUAUUUGUUUUUUUAAUAUUUUUUUUAUUAAAUCGUGCCAAUUGAUGCUACGACCAGUGAUGUGAGUCUCUAUUAUCGUGCAUUUUGUCAUAUUCCUAAAUGUUUUUGUUUUUUUUUUUUUUUUUUUUUAAUAGUUAUUAUAUUUUUUUGUUAGAAAUACAGAGUUUUUAUAUUACGUUGCAUGCUGUAAAAAUAAUAAUGUUUUGAUUAGUGAAUUAUCAUAAUCAUUACGUAUUUUUUUUAAGAUUUUUAGAUAAUAUAUUUAUUAUAUUUUAUAUCGCUUGGCUUUAAAAAAAUCAAGUAGAAAAAGAGAGAUGACAAAAUAAAUAGAAUAGUAGUAUUAUAUUUUUACAAUUUAAAAGAGAAAAAAAAAACCAUUCUCAAAUUCAGAGAAAUACAUUUAAAAAAAAAGGCCCUUAAUUAUAUUUCAUAGUUUUCAUCAAAAAUAAAAAAAACAAAACGGAACGAAACGAAACGAAACGAAGAAAAUAAAUUUUUCCCUUCGUAUAAGCUCUAUGAUUUUGCUGUAGUGACUAGUCAAUUGAUAGUGUAAAAAAAAGUAUCCCAAUCAUAUUUUCAUAGUCAUUUAAGGAAAUGCAUUGACGAUAGCAUAUAGUGCCUUGAAUUAAAAAAAAAAAAAAAAUUAAAUAUAA